GCCCGAGAACAGCAUGAAAUGGGACACAACCGAGUCGUCUGAGGGCAAAUUCAACUUCGCCGGUGGCGAUUACUUGGUAGACUGGGCCACCACGAACAACAAGACCGUUCGUGGCCAUACACUGUGCUGGCACAGCCAGCUUCCGGGCUGGGUUAGCAACAUCCGAGACAAGACCAAGCUGACCAGCGUCUUGCAAAACCAUGUUACAACCUUGGUCACUAGGUAUAAGGGAAAGAUCAGGGCUUGGGACGUCGUGAACGAGAUCUUCAACGAAGAUGGUUCCAUGCGCUCUUCCGUCUUCUACACCGUGCUAGGCGAGGACUUUGUCCGUAUUGCCUUCGAGGCCGCUCGAAAAGCCGACCCGGACGCUAUCUUGUACAUCAACGACUACAACCUCGAUUCUGCGUCUUACGCUAAGCUCACCAACGGUAUGGUGGCCCACGUCAAGAAGUGGAUCGCCGCCGGCGUGCCCAUUGAUGGAAUUGGUUCCCAGGGUCAUCUCUCUGCUGGACAGGGUGGCAACGCCGCCGCAGCACUGAAGGCUCUUGCAGCCACGGGUGUUAAGGAGGUCGCAGUUACGGAAUUGGACAUUCAGACCGCACCCAGCAACGAUUAUUCUGCUGUUACUAAGGCGUGCUUGGAUACCCCUACUUGUGUCGGUAUCACCGUCUGGGGUGUUAGAGAUCCCGUAAGUUUUAUUCUCAAGAUAGAACGUAUUGAGAUUCAGCUGACGAUAUUACAGGACUCAUGGAGAGCUAGCACAAACCCGCUUCUUUUCGAUACCAACUACAGCCCCAAAGCUGCUUACACCGCAGUCGUCAACGCCUUGAAAUAGAUGGUGGCGUAGUGCAAACCACGCUUCUCAGAGCAGUGUAGGACAUACUAUGUCAGAUCGUGUCGAUUCGUAUUAAUAAACACCUUUGACUGGAAAGGUCUGCUUAAACAUGAUGUUACGAACGAGUGAUUGUUCAAAAAGCGCCGUUCGGCAAAUUUCGCAACGUAGAUCGUCGUGACGGAGCCUCUCGAGGUGAAAACUGCCUCGGAACAAUGAAUAAGAUGAGUCACUGUAUCGUCUUGCUUUGCCUGCGGCGCAGUCGGAGGCCCAAUAAAAAAGAGGAUCCCCUGCUGCACAAGACAUCUUGCAUGCCAAUACUAUUAUGAGGCCUCCGUGCAAGGACGCAAUUUUCGCAGUUCCAUGUGCGUGCGGGGAACAAAAUUACAGAGUGGUUAUGAUCACGUAGAGCUGAGGAUCAUAUUUCAACUUUCAAACCCUUGGUAUUUAGUGUGG